CCUUGGUCUCUUCUUUUGUGAACUCUCUUUCUCAGUUCUAGACACAAGUUGUAGAAAGCAGAACUUCCACCGCAAGACAUGGGUACUUCUGACAACAACUUUCUCCAAGUUGUCUUCAAGAACUUCGAUGUUCUUGCUCUGCCAUUGGUAACCCUUGUUUACCCUUUAUAUGCUUCAAUUAAGGCCAUAGAGACCAGGUCUAGUACUGAUGAUCAACAAUGGCUCACGUAUUGGGUUCUUUAUUCUAUGAUCACACUCUUCGAGCUCACAUUUGCCAAAGUUCUUGAACUGCUUGCCAUUUGGCCUUAUGCCAAGUUGAUACUCAGUUGCUGGUUAGUUCUGCCUCACUUCAAUGGGGCUGCAGUUGUUUAUAGGAAUUACAUUAGACCAUUCUAUAUGAACCCGCAAAUCCCAAUUCCACAAGCUCCUCAAAUCUGGUAUGUUCCACGAAAGAAGAACAUAUUCAGUAAGCCAGAUGACGUUCUAAGUGCUGCUGAGAGAUAUAUGGAAGAGCAUGGUACAGAAGCAUUUGAAAGACUUAUUAGCAAGAAUGACAGAGAAGCACGAGCAAGGAGGAAUGGAAAUUACAUGAUCUUUGAUGAUGACUAUAUAUAUUGAACUUUGUUCACAUGUCACUUUGGCAAUGACUAAUAUUUUUAUGGAAUGACAUAUGAACUACUGUAG